AUGUCGGACACAAAGAACGCUAAAGAGGAGGUGUACGGCAUCUCCUCUGCCAUCGAAGACAAUUCUCACGCUGGUCAUGGACCGACGCAGCGUCAGGGCGCAAAGACCAAGGAGGUCCAAAAUGCCGAUCUUUUCGCCGCCCUGGAGGAGACCAAGAUUGAGAGAUGGAGCAAGGAAUCAUUGCACUUGUACUUCUGUAUCUUUGUCGCAUUCUGUUGUGCUUGUGCCAACGGUUAUGAUGGAUCUCUGAUGGGAUCUAUCCUCGCUAUGGACCACUAUCAAGCAAUCUUCAAGACUGGAAUGGAUGGCCCCAAGGUUUCUGUUGUUAUGUCCCUCUAUACAGUUGGCUCCAUGGUCUGUACUCCUAUCAGUGCUAUCAUUUCCGACAGGCUUGGCCGUCGCAAGUGCAUGUUCAUUGGCUCCUUGGUCAUUAUUGUUGGCUCUGUCAUUAUCACCAGUGCGAUGACUCUGGCACAAUUCGUUGUCGGCCGAUUUGUUCUCGGUGUCGGCAUUCAAGUCAUGGUCGUCUCCGCUCCCGCCUACGCUGUCGAGAUUGCCCCGCCUCACUGGCGUGGUCGUGCCGUCGGCUUCUACAACUGUGGUUGGUUCGGUGGCUCUAUCCCCGCCGCUGCUCUCACAUACGGUACCGAGCACAUUAACAACAACUGGCAGUGGCGUAUCCCCUUCCUCUGCCAGUGCUUUGCCUGUAUUAUUGUCAUUAUCUCUGUCUGGUUCAUCCCAGAGUCACCUCGUUGGCUCAUCGCCAAUGGCCGCAACGAAGAGGCCGAGGCAUUCCUGGUCAAGUAUCACGGCAAUGGUGACCCCAACGCUCGCUUGGUCCGUCUUGAGAUUGAGGAGAUGAAGGAGGGUAUUCGAAUUGACGGUAUUGACAAGAGAUGGUGGGAUUACCGCCCAUUCAUCACCACCAAGAGUGGACGCUGGCGUUUCGCCCAGGUCAUCAUGAUUUCCGUCUUUGGACAGUGGUCUGGAAACGGUCUUGGUUACUUCAACGCCACUAUCUACAAGGUCAUUGGAUACGAGUCCAGCUCAACCCAGUUGUUGCUUAACCUCGUCAACUCUAUCGUUUCAGCUAUUGGUGCAUUGACCGCCGUGCACUUCACCGACAGAAUGCGCCGUCGCCCUGUUCUCAUCUUCGGUACUUUUGCAUGCGCUGUCGCCCUGGCCAUCAACGCCGGUAUUCUGCAAGAAGUCGCCAAUACUGGUUCCAUCGGCAAGACCAAGGGCCAGGCUGCUCUCGCUUUCUACUACCUUUUCAACGUGAUCUUCUCGUUCACCUACACUCCCCUCCAGGGUGUCAUUCCCGCCGAGGCUCUGGAGACAACCACUCGUUCCAAGGGUCUGGCCCUGUCUGGCUUCAUGGUCUCCAGCAUCAGUUUCAUCAGUCAGUUCGCUACGCCCAUUGGUCUCCAAAACAUUUCUACCAACUACUUCUGGAUUUUCGUCGGCUGGGACGUUCUCGAGUCCGUCUUCUGGUACUUCUUCUGUGUUGAAUCUCAGGGCCGUACCCUCGAACAGUUGGAGUGGGUCUACCAGCAGCCCAACCCUGUCAAGGCUUCCCUCAAUGUGCACAAGAUUGUUGUUACAGACGAUGGUACCGUUACCGAGAAGAUCUCGGAUGACGAUGCUUGA